UAGUUUGACCAAACUGUGGUGUCAGACAGCGCUGCACGGUAAUGCAAUGUUCGAUAUUCCAGCGGGUGGCGGUGAAGCAAUGAAUUGUUACGGCCCGGACAUUGAUACGGCAGGAGUACGAGCGGACAAUGUAGUGCCGGAAUGAAAUAUCAACCACCGCAAAACGUUUGCCUUAAAAGGCAAGCGAAGAUGUCGUUUUUAUAUGUGAAUGUUUUUUUUCUUCAUCAGUGAAUUUAUUCAAGCAAUCUUCCUUUCCUUUUUUUGUGCUCCAACAGAACAGUAUCAAAAAUUGAAUCGUAGCUCUUCGUUUUUAUGAUACAACUUAAGAAUUAUAGGCGUUUAGAUUCAACCCAACAUCAGAGAGAUCAAAAGCGGUUUAUUCUAGUUAUAUUUUUUCCUCAAAACGUUUGUUUGCGAGAAAUUGAUAGCGAGUAUCUCUUGAACGCAGUAUCUCUACAUGAGUCUGCCGUAUAAAAGGGGAAAGAACUCGGCAGGAACUCCACAUUAUUGGAAGAAUGGUUCCAAAGUUUACUUCUGUGCGUCAGUUCAAAAUGAGUAUUUGGAGUGUGAUCUUGUUGAAUGUUUGGUUACUAUACUCGUCAACGAUAGUUUGGGGUGGUGAAGUUACAGUCUCCAAUGUCUCCCUCUCCGGCUAUGGAUACGAAGUGUUGUCGGCCAAAUUGGAAUAUCUGCAGUACAAGCUGAUCGAGAUGGAUUACACGCUGAAGGAGGAUCGAGAAUCAACUAACCAGAAACUUUCACAUCAGGCAACCCUUUCCGACGGAUUGCUGUGGGCAUUGAAUCAACUUAGUCAAACGUUGGGCCACAAUGUUACAACUUUGCAGACGCAGUCGAAUAAAAUUCUUUCUCAACAAGUGGCUUGUGCCAGCCACGAACAGAUGCGAAAGGAGAUUGAAGCGAUAGCACCCAAGGAAGCGAAAAUCGGCCAAACAUCGUCCAGCGCAGUUGGAUUGGGUCAUCUAGGCAACGCAUUUCGAUCAUGCAAGGAAGAACCAACAAAGAGAACGGGUAAAUAUUUUAUUCAACCCACUAUGAACGACGAACCAUUCGUGGGCUAUUGCGAACAGACCCGGUUUGGAGGUGGUUGGCUCGUGGUUCAACUACGCUUUGACGGAUCGGUGGACUUUCAGCGCAACUGGACCGAGUAUCGGGCUGGUUUUGGUAGCAUCGAUGGAGAGUUCUGGAUCGGGCUAGAACAUCUACAUCAGAUAACGUCGGAACGGCCCCACGAGCUAAUAGUGGAGGUGGAAGAUUUUGCCCGCAAUUAUGUAUAUGCACGCUACAAGGAGUUUGAGAUUGGUAGCGAGAAGGAACAGUAUCAGUUGAAGAAGGUUGGUGCAUACUCGGGCACUGGUGCUGAUUCUUUAAUUUACCACAAGGAUAUGAAGUUUUCCACCAUCGAUCGGGACAAUGAUUUAAAUUCUGAUAAUAACUGUGCCGUCUUAUACGCAGGAGGUUGGUGGUAUAACAGUUGUCAUUACUCGAAUUUAAACGGUCUUUAUAAGGAAGGCGAGAAUGCAAAAUUCAUCAAUUGGUACUAUUAUACGAAGUCCCAUUUAGGUUUGGCAUACUCGAGAAUGAUGAUUCGUGAAACUUGUUAAACAAUUUCUAGGCAAAUUUGCUGAUUAAGUUAUCCAAUAUUGAGUUUUAGUCGUGAAGAUUACAUUUGAUUCGAAUUUCUCAGCGAUGGAUCUAAUGAUAGGCGGAGUAGGUGGCCACCUAGGGCCUUUUCUAAGCAAAAACUGAAACAGUUUCAUGAUACAUAACUGUCAUCGUACAAAAAUAAAGAAUUUUUUGUGUAUCAAAAGAUAUUGUUCAAUAACAAAAGCUUAAUAUUACAAAUAUUUCCCAUAAUUGAUGCCAAAGUUUUAACUCACC